CCCGCCCGCCCGCCCUCCUUCCAAUGCAGCAACCUGCGACAGUUCGUGGAGAACAGGUUGUGGAGUUUCAAAACAGAGCAGCGAUUGCUCAGCACCAUCAAGGAGCAAGCCACCGCACCAACGCCGCCGAAGAAAGGGGGACCCGACCACCCUCUCCUGGACACCCCAUGAGAAAGACCCAUUUCCCAGGAGUCACGGAAGCAUCGAGCCUAAGGAUGGCAGCCCCCUUGUCCCCCUUUCAGCUGGCAUGACCCCUCUCCCCCUGCUCUUUUAUUUUUAAAAGCUGAGUAGCUGUCUCCCCACCACCCCUUAACUCCUUGGCACUGGUGUCAUUGAGAAGGCAAGGAGAGGUUCUUCACCACAACCCAGCUGGCCACUUUGGUUCUAAACCCUGCGGAAAGCACUUUGACAGCAGCAGCAACAGCAGCUGAACCAGCUGGUUCCACCUUGUGCCAUGAUCCGGAAAGUUUUCCUUCUGUUGCUGGCUAUCUCUGGUGUGCUGGCAAAAAUCCUGGCAUCCCAGAACAGCAUCACUGCAGUGCUUGGCAAAGAUGUGGUCCUCCCCUGUUCCUACCAGGCCGCAGAGGGCGAGAAGGUGGUUCAGAUUACGUGGAUGAAGCGGCGGGAGGACGGGACAGCCCAGGAGUUGGCGGUGCUGAACUGGCAACACGGGACCUACGUGCAGGAAACCUAUUCAGGGCGAGUGCUGCGACAUUCCGAAGGAUCCCUAGAAGACGGCUCCAUCCUGCUGAAGAAUGCGGUGCAGGCCGACGAGGGGGCGUACGAGUGCCACCUCAUUACCUUCCCUGCGGGCAAUUUUGAGUCCAGCCUGACCCUCAAGAUCCUAGUUCCCCCGUUGCCCACCUUGAACCUUGGCCCGCCGCUGGAGGAGGGGCAGGGCCGGACUCUGGCUGCCUCAUGCACUGCGGAAGGGAACCCGGUGCCCACGGUGACCUGGGAGACGGAAGUGCGUGGCUCGGCCAGCAGCCGCGUGUCCUCGCACCCUCGCUCGGCCUCCGUCACCAGCGAGUUCUACGUGGUGCCCGGGCGGAGCAUGCACGGCAAGGCCCUCACCUGCAUCGUCUCCCACCCGGGGCUGCAGCACAAGAAGAGGAUCACGCACACCCUCAACGUGGCAUAUCUGUCGGAUGCCUCAGUCCUGGGCCACGAAGAGGGGGAAGACUGGGUCACGGGAAAGGAAGGGGCGUUCCUGAAGUGCCUCGGAGAUGGGAACCCACCGCCAACUUACAACUGGACACGGCUCAACGACCCCCUCCCCAGCGGAGUGAAAAUCAAGGGGGACACCCUGCUCUUCCAGAGACCCCUUAGCUCUGAAGAUGGAGGCGUCUAUGUUUGCCAAGUGGCCAAUGACUUUGCAACCAAGGAGGCUGAGACGACCAUCAGCAUAAAAGGCAACCGGGCCAAGCAGGUGGACGUGGUCUCCAUCUCCAUGAUUGGGGCAGGACUCAUCUCUGUAGUGCUGCUUGGCUUGCUGGUCCUGGUGGUCGUACUCAUGACUUGCUACCACAAGAGGAAGACCAAACGCAUCACUGAGAAAUACGAAGAAGAGCUGACCCUGACCCGGGAGAACUCCAUCCGGCGCCUCCACUCCAGCCACAGCACUGACACCCGGAAUCAGAUGGAAGAAAACCUUCCCCUGAGGUCAGAGAGCCGGCAGGGCAGCUUCCGUGGGGACAGUCUUUGCCGGGAGAGCCUGCGAGCCGACAGCCUCUGCCGGGACAGCCGGCAGGGCAGCUUCCGGGCGGACAGCCUGCGUGAAACCAGCCUCUGCUCUGUCAUGAGCGAGGAGGCUGAGGGACGUAGCUACUCCACCUUGUCGACGGUGCGGGAGAUCGAGACGCAGACAGAGCUCCCCCCGCCACCCGCCACCCCUGUCCAGGAGGACCAGAUGGAGAAGGAGAAAGAGGAGAAGGAGCAGGAGGAAGAGGAGCAGCGGGACAGUGAGAAAAACAUCAAGCAAGCCAUGACCCACUUUGUCCAAGAGAACGGCACCCUCCGGGCAAAGCCCACCUCCAACGGCAUCUACAUCAAUGGCCGGGGACACCUGGUGUGACCUUUGCCCCCUGCCACGGAGCCCCAGGACCCAACAGAGCACUGAACCCACUUCCCAAUGGCCUGCCAGAGCCUCCCUUGGGCGAGGGAGCCAAGGCUGUCACCUCCUUCUGAGCCACCCGGCCGUCAUGCAGUUACCCUUGGAGAUCUCCGCAGGCCUCACCACCCCGUUCUUCUUCCCCAGGAAUCCUGGCCAUGGUCUUCUCUUGCUCCGUCCACUCAAGGAAGGAACCAACUCAUUCCCAGUGGGGUGGAUCAACAUCCAGUUCGGAAAUUGGGAAAGCUCCCCCCCCCCCUUUUCUUUCCUGACUUUGGCGGGACGGUGACAUUGCCUGGCCUGUGUUUUUGCGUCUUGUUUUUUUUAAAAAAAAUGUUUUGAGGCCACACAUACAGGGCAAGCAAUUCUGAGGAUGCCAACGGGCAACGGCGCAUUUAUCUUGGCUCAGGGACAGAACCGUGAAACUUUUGUGCCUCCUCCCUCUAAUUAUUGUUGUUAAUAUUAUUAUUAUUAUUAGUUGAAUGUUUGUGGCCCCCUGCGGUUACGGACAGAAGCUCCCCAAAGCCUUGCAGAGGCAAGCAAUAAAAUAAUUGUUUUUA